AUGGAAGCUAAAAAUAAAUAUAUUAUACAAGAGAGGUAUCUUUUACGGGCUAUGAAUGAAAUUGGCCAAGGCUCUACAAUGCUUUGGAUUGUUUUUUUGGUAUGUAUUAUAGUAUCUUUGAUAAAUGGAAUGAAUUCAAUGUCUUACGUUUUCAUUGCUGAGAUACCCGAUUAUUGGUGCUCUAUACUGGAACUUAAUGAUGCUAAUUGGACUUGGCAAUUAGUGUGCGAAAAAGAACUGUAUCGAGCAAAUUCAUUUUUAGUACAAGCAUUGGGAAAAAUUUGUGGUACAGGAUUGUUAGGAAUAUUUGCAGAUAAAUACGGACGAAAAAAGUCAUUGAUAAUUGGUUUAAUAUUACAAAUUAUUGCUGGUCCUUCAAGUGCAGUAGUUCCAUGGUUUUGGUCUUAUCUUAUCUUUAAAUACAUUACAGGAAUAAGUGUGGGUGCUAUGUAUUCAUCAACAUACACGAUUUUAUCAGAAAUUGCAAAAGAUAAUAAACGGAAGUUAUUAGGAGCCAUAAUCGAUUCAAUGUAUCCGAUGGGAACAUUUACUUUGAUAAUUAUUGCCUUAUUUUUAAAAAAUUGGCGACAUUUACAACUAGGAAUAUCAUUUCUUGCCCUUUUGCUGGUUAUCGUUAUUUGGUUUGUACCCGAAUCUCCACGAUGGUUGAUAUCACGAGGUCGUCUCGAUGAAGCUCAAAAAAUUAUUGAAAAAUAUAACAAAUUAUUUUCUAUCUCACCGACUCUUGACGCAGAAAGUUUAACGUCUCCAUUGACAUUACCUGAAAGUCCAAUUACAUUGAAAACAAAUAAAGUUGCCAUUAAUGAAAUAUUAGCGCACAUGACAGCUUCAGUUUUGGUAAUAUUUUUAGGCAGUAAAAAAACAAAUAUUAUGGGUUAUGGAAUUGGAUCUGUCUGUAUGCUAUCAAUCAUCGCUAUUCCUGAAGUAAAUAAAAUUACAAUAAUGGGAGUGGCAUUAAUGUCAAAAUUUUGUUUAUCAGCAACUUAUACUGUCAACAUGCUACUUAAUUCAGAUUUAUUUCCAACUAUUGUGAGGAACACAGCUUUAGGAACAAGUUUAGUAUUGGCACAAGUUGGUUCCAUGUCAGCACCAUACAUUGUUGAUAUACUGGGAAAAGUUGCUUGGUGGGCACCUACUACACUUUGUAGUAUUUUAGCUUUUACAGCUGGUCUCAUUUGUUUCAUGAUACCUUGCAAUAAGUAG